AUGUUUCACCGUAAGGUUGGUGGAGGGAACAUGUACUUGUAUGGAGUUUCAGCAACUCAGCAUUCCCUGUCCUCAUGCAAUUGCAGCCGAUGGAAGUGUCAAACUACCAACACACGCAAUGGUUUCGACAACUUUCUACGGAGCUACAUGGAAAACGGUUUUGAUUUGAAGAUCUACCAUGUGCCAUCUGUAGGAGAUGGUGCACUAGGAGGAGCAUUUAAUGGCGAAUUGCUUCCACCAGAUGUUAAGCGACCUCCAGGGAGACCAAAGAAAAUUUGUAUUCUGUCCAGAGGAGAGUUUAAGCGAUCGGGAAGGAAAGGUGGACGUAGAUGCACUACAUGUAGACGCCAAGGACACAACAAGGCGUCUUGCCGUCAGACGAAUGAAGUAACCUUAUCUAAAUGGAGCUAA